AGAGAGAGAGAGAGGGGGAGAGAGAGAUGUGGUCUGAGAGGGAAGGAGGAAGGGAGGGUGAGAGAGAGAGAUGUGUCCAUUGGUACAACACCCCCCCCCCCUCUUUCCCCUCCCCCGCCCCAAUCUCCUUAUUGGACAUCAUUAGUGGGAACAGUCGGGGAAAUAAUCACGAUGCGAUCAGAGCCGACAAUUCGACGCGCAUUCUAAAGGUCGCGGGUCAGUUUGAAACUCUUUUUGCCUUUCGGUUUGCGAGUCUGAGCAAGUCUUUCGAAACUAUAUGUCA